AUGGAAGGCAUGGGCAGCGGCUGGGCAGCAGAGCUUACCCCCUCAUGUGUGGGUGAUGUGGAAGGGAACGACACAGGUCAGGUCUUUGAGGUGGCUCUGCAGAAUGGCUCCUCCAAGCGCAGCCCCCAGUUUGUAGGGGUGGAGCUGCUGCAGUCCUUCAAGCUGCUCAUCAUCCCCUGCUACACCCUCGUGGUGCUGGUGGGCGUCUUUGGCAACUACCUGCUCCUUUAUGUCAUCUGCCGCACCCGCAAGAUGCACAACGUCACCAACUUUUUCAUCGGCAACCUCGCCUUCUCCGACAUGCUGAUGUGUGCUACGUGCGUCCCGUUUACAUUGGCCUACGCCUUCAACCCCCGUGGGUGGGUCUUUGGCCGCUUCAUGUGCUACCUGGUGUAUCUCAUCCAGCCAGUGACAGUAUAUGUGUCUGUCUUCACGCUUACCGCUAUUGGCGUAGACAGAUAUUACGCCACAGUGCACCCUCUGAAAAAGCGCAUCUCGGUCUUGGCGUGCACCUACCUCCUGUCCGGGGUUUGGCUGCUGUCCUGCGGCCUGGUGGCGCCAGCCGUGGCUCACACCUACCAUGUGGAGUUCAAGAAUGAGGGCUUCACCAUCUGCGAGGAGUUCUGGAUGGGCCAGGAGAAGGAGCGGCUGGCCUACGCGUACAGCACACUCUUCAUCACCUACGUCCUACCCCUGUCGGCUCUCUGCAUCUCUUACCUGUGCAUCUCCGUCAAACUGCGGAACUGCGUCGUACCCGGCCAUCGCACCCAGAGCCAGGCGGAGGCGCAGCGCGUACGCAAGCGCAAAACCUUCCGUCUGGUGAGCCUGGUCGUGGCGGCCUUUGGUUUCUGCUGGAUGCCCAUCAGUGUGUUCAACAUCCUGCGUGAUAUUGACAUCAACCUGAUCGAUAAGCGCUACUUCUUGCUGAUUCAGCUGCUGUGUCACCUGUGUGCCAUGAGCUCCUCCUGCUGCAACCCGUUCCUUUACGCCUGGCUGCACGACCGCUUCCGCGCCGAGCUGCGCAAAAUGUUCACAUGCCACCACCGCAUCGGCAUCCCGGCCAACAACGGUGCCACGGCCAGCGUGGUGCUGUAAGGCUCCGGUUAUUCAUACAGCUGUUGUAGAUAAUUUUGGACAGUGUAA